GGUGGGGGCAAUCAUGGUGCCGCUGGGGAGGGGAGAAGCUGCUGCUGCCGCCGCCGCCGCCGCCGCCGCCGCAGUUGCCGGGAGCCGCGGAGAAAGGUCAUUACCUUUUCAUUUCUCGAAACUGAGCUGAGCACCAUUGAAUCAUGGGAGAACACAGUCCAGACGACAACAUCAUCUUCUUUAAGGCGGACGAAGAUGACCUGACCCCCGAUGACAAGAUGCUCAGGUUUGUGGAUGAAAAUGGACUGGUGCCUUCCUCAUCUGGAACUGUUUAUGAUAGGACCACUGUUCUUAUUGAGCAGGACCCUGGCACUUUGGAGGAUGAAGAUGACGAUGGACAGUGUGGAGAACACUUGCCUUUUCUGGUAGGGGGUGAAGAGGGCUUCCUAAUAGACCAGGAAGCAAUGUCCCAGGGUUACGUGCAACACAUUAUCUCACCAGAUCAGAUUCAUUUGACUAUAAACCCUGGUUCCACACCCAUGCCAAGAAAUAUUGAAGGUGCAACCCUUACUCUGCAAUCGGAAUGUCCAGAAACGAAACGCAAAGAAGUGAAGCGGUACCAGUGCACCUUCGAGGGCUGCCCCCGUACCUACAGCACAGCAGGUAACCUGCGCACCCACCAGAAGACUCACCGAGGAGAAUACACCUUUGUCUGUAAUCAAGAAGGCUGUGGCAAGGCCUUCCUCACCUCCUACAGCCUCAGGAUCCACGUGCGAGUGCACACGAAGGAGAAGCCAUUUGAGUGCGAUGUGCAGGGCUGUGAAAAGGCAUUCAACACACUGUACAGGUUGAAAGCACAUCAAAGGCUUCACACAGGGAAAACGUUUAACUGUGAAUCUCAAGGCUGCAGCAAAUACUUCACCACACUCAGUGAUCUGAGGAAGCACGUUCGAACCCACACAGGAGAAAAGCCAUUUCGAUGUGAUCAUGAUGGCUGUGGAAAAGCAUUUGCAGCAAGCCACCAUCUUAAAACUCAUGUCCGUACACACACUGGUGAAAGACCCUUCUUCUGUCCCAGUAACGGCUGUGAGAGAACAUUCAGCACUCAGUACAGUCUCAAGAGUCACAUGAAAGGUCAUGAUAACAAAGGACAUUCUUACAAUGCACUUCCACAACAAAAUGGAUCAGAGGAUACAAAUCACUCACUUUAUUUGAAUGAGUUGGGUCUUCUGUCCACAGAUUCUGAAUUACAAGAAAAUUCCAGUACAACCCAGGACCAGGACCUCAGCACAAUUUCACCAGCAAUCAUCUUUGAAUCAAUGUUUCAGAAUUCAGAUGAUACAGCAAUUCAGGAAGAUCCUCUGCAGACAGCUGCCUUGAUUGAAAGUUUUAAUGGUGAUGCAGAGUCAGUCAGUGAUGUUCCGCCACCUGCAGGAAAUUCAGCAUCUUUAUCUCUCCCGCUUAUACUGCAGCCUGGCAUCUCCAAGCCACCUCAGCCUCAUCUACCAGCCUCAGCUCCAUCUGCUCCUCCGCCUGCUCCCUCCCUAGGACCCGGUUCUCAGAAAGCUGCAUUUGGCAACCCCCCUGCUCUCUUACAACCUCCAGAAGUGCCUGUUUCCCACAGCACACAGUUUGCUGCUAAUCAUCAGGAGUUUCUUCCGCACCCCCAGGCCCCCCAGCCCAUCGUACCGGGACUUUCUGUUGUUGCUGGGGCUUCUGCAUCGGCAGCAGUGGCAUCAGCUGUGGCAACACCAGCCCCCCCACAAAGUACUACUGAGCCCCUGCCAGCCAUGGUCCAGACUCUGCCCCUGGGUGCCAACUCUGUCUUAACUAAUAAUACCACCAUAACCAUCGCCCCGAAUUCCAGCGCGGCCAUUCUGCAGCCCAGCCUAGUCAUGAGAGAGCAGAAUUUACAAUGGAUAUUAAAUGGUGCAACUAGUUCACCACAAAACCAAGAACAAAUUCAACAAGCAUCUAAAGUUGAACAGGUGUAUUUUACCACCGCAGUACCAGUAGCCAGUAGCACAGGGAGCUCUGUUCAACAGUUUGGCCUCAGUGUUCCUGUGAUCAUCAUCAAACAAGAGGAGGCAUGUCAGUGUCAGUGUGCAUGCCGGGACUCUGCGAAGGAGCGGGCAUCUGGUCGGAGAAAGGGCUGUUCUUCCCCACCCCCUCCAGAGCCGAACUCCCAGCCUCCUGAUGGGCCCAGCCUGCAACUACCACCCUAGACUUUUCCAGCCCCUUCCCCCUUCAUCAUCCAUCUCCAUGGGACCCUUUUCCAUUGAGCAAAGCCAACAGGCUGAGGCUCCUUCCAUCCCUCACACAGAAAUGUUAAGUGCCAUGGAUGUGUCAGAGUUCCUGUCCUUCCAGAACCUGGACACCCGUCCAAUCUGAUUUGCAUUGAAGCACUACUGUAGGGGGUGGAGGAGAUGGGCCUGGCCAGCAGCUUCUCCAGGGGAAGGGCCUGUCAUGCUCACUUCCAGGAAAAGGGGGAACAGGAAGCAUGAAGCGUGAUGCCUGCUAUCAUGGGGUCAGAAAUUGGAAGGAUGAAGAAGUCUGCUGUUUGAAAGCCUCACCUUUCAGACAUAUUUUCUUUAUUCACAUCCCAGGAGUACCCAUUUUACUGACCUGAUCUUUUGGAGGAGAAAAAAAAAAAGCUAAGUUAUAAGUGAACUGUUUGGCUGCACUGUAUGUCACUUUUGCUUAUUGUUAUGUGAACUUGGAAAUUAAGGUUACUUGUGUGCAUAAAAAUACUAAAUGAAAGGAUGUGGUUUCCAUCACUCUGGUACUGCCCAUCCUUUGCACUGGGGGUUUUUUGGAUUGGGCAGAAGAAAGUUCGCUAUGUUGGGCAUUGCUCUUCCCCAUAUGUCUUUGACUCUGAGGCUAAAAUUUGUCUGGAAAGUCCAACCUUUGCAUCAUAGUGAGCAAUAGCAGGGCAGGUGAGACAGCUGUGAGUUGGCUGAGAUGGUUUUGUUGUUUGCACUUGACAUUGGUGGAAUUCCAAGUUGAUGCUGCAGAGGUCAUCUUGUAGCUGGCUCAGCACAGAUGGGUGACUUCAAGCCUGGCCCAUGGCUGUGAGUGACGGUUGUGCCAGGACUAUAGGCAAGCUUUCAACUGCUAUUUGUUGAUGAUGUGUGUGCAGAGCAGGCUCUAGCAGCACCACCUCAGUCUUUGCCUUCCUGGUUCUUUGUGUCUCUCAGUUGCUUGCCAAGGGCUUGUGGGUCACACAGCAUUUUUCCUGGCAAACACCCCUGCUUUGUCUGAGUGAAAACAUGGCUUGUGGCCAGUUACUAACUAGGGGUCUGCUUCAACAGUGUGUUCCUCCUCAGAGAAGAAGAGCUGCAUCUUGCUUUCUCAGGGGAAGUUGCAGUUUGAAGGAAGUGUGAAAGAAUUGGCAGGUGAUUGGCAGGCAGGUCUUAUGGUUCCAGGUUCUCUAACCAGGCUUUUUGUUGCUCCCUACCAUCUCCACCUCUCACCUCUGCGAUUUUGCAUAAGCGUAGUACAGUGCAAAGAAGGGUGUGACUUGCUCAGCUUAGUCAUGUGAUUUCUAAGCAAAAAGAUGAAAAAAAAACAAAAAACAAAAAAACAAAACAAAAAACCUACAAACAAUGAUCUACUCAGGGUAAAAAAAAAAAAAAAAAAAGUCCCCUUCCACCAAAAAGCCUGAAAUGUUGCAAUAAGUUAUCUCAUUUGGAACUUUUCAUUAAGUUGUGCUAUAGGG